CGUGGAGGCCGGCGGGGUGGGCAGACCCGGCCGCGCGCCGGCAGGAGGUGGCGGCGGACGCGCCAUGGCCUCGGUAAAGGUGGCCGUGCGGCUCCGACCAAUGAACCGCAGGGAAAAAGACCUGGAUGCUAAAUUUAUUAUUUCAAUGGAAAAAAAUAAAACGACAAUCACAAAUUUAAAAAUUCCGGAAGGUGUAACUGGAGACACAGGAAGGGAACGGACUAAAACAUUUACCUAUGACUUUUCCUAUUUCUCAGCAGACAGUAAAAGCCCAAACUAUACAUCUCAAGAAAUGGUUUUCAAAAAUCUUGGCACAGAUGUUCUCAGAUCUGCUUUUGAAGGUUAUAAUGCCUGUAUUUUUGCAUAUGGACAGACUGGAUCUGGGAAGUCCUACACUAUGAUGGGAAACACAGGAGAUGUUGGUUUAAUACCUCGAAUUUGUGAAGGAUUAUUCAAUAGAAUAAAUGAAAAGACAAGAUGGAAUGAGGCGUCCUUUCGAACAGAAGUCAGUUAUUUGGAAAUCUAUAAUGAACGUGUGAGAGAUCUUCUUAGGCGGAAGUCUUCAAAAACAUAUAAUUUAAGAAUACGAGAACAUCCAAAAGAAGGGCCUUAUGUUGAGGAUUUGUCCAAACAUUUAGUACAGAAUUAUACGGAUGUAGAGGAACUUAUGGAAGCAGGAAAUAUAAACCGAACCACUGCUGCAACUGGAAUGAACGAUGUUAGCAGCAGGUCUCAUGCCAUUUUCACGAUCAACUUCACUCAGGCUAAAUUUGAUUCUGAAAUGCCUUGUGAGACUGUUAGCAAGAUUCAUUUGGUAGAUCUUGCUGGAAGUGAGAGAGCAGAUGCCACUGGUGCUACAGGGGUUAGAUUAAAAGAAGGAGGGAAUAUUAACAAAUCUUUAGUUACUCUGGGAAAUGUCAUUUCUGCCUUAGCUGAUUUAUCUCAGGAUGUAACAAAUCCUCUUGCAAAGAAGAAGCAAGUAUUUGUGCCUUACAGGGACUCUGUGUUGACUUGGCUGUUGAAAGACAGCCUAGGAGGAAACUCAAAAACUAUAAUGAUUGCCACUAUUUCACCUGCUGAUGUCAAUUAUGGAGAAACCUUAAGUACACUGCGAUAUGCAAACAGAGCCAAAAACAUCAUCAACAAGCCUACUAUUAAUGAGGAUCCUAACGUCAAACUAAUUCGUGAGCUGCGAGCUGAAAUAGCCCGAUUGAAAACCUUGCUUGCUCAAGGGAAUCAGAUUGCACUCUUGGAUUCUCCUACAGCUUUAAGUAUGGAGGAGAAGCUUCAACAGAAUGAAGCAAGAGUACAGGAGCUUACCAAAGAGUGGACAAAUAAGUGGAAUGAAACUCAGAACAUCCUAAAAGAACAAACCUUAGCUCUUAGAAAAGAAGGAAUUGGUGUUGUUUUAGAUUCUGAACUCCCUCACUUAAUUGGCAUUGACGAUGAUCUUCUCAGUACUGGUAUCAUUUUGUAUCACUUGAAGGAGGGCCAAACCUAUGUUGGUAGGGAAGAUGCUGCAACAGAGCAGAAUAUUGUUCUUCAUGGCCUUGAUUUGGAAAGUGAGCAUUGCAUCUUUGAAAAUCUCAAUGGGACAGUGACACUAAUACCACUGCAUGGAGCACAGUGUUCUGUGAAUGGAAUUCAGAUUACAGAGGCUACGCAACUAAACCAAGGUGCUGUUAUAUUACUUGGGAGAACCAAUAUGUUCCGCUUUAAUCAUCCCAAAGAAGCUGCCAAACUGAGGGAAAAAAGAAAGAGUGGACUGCUGUCUUCCUUCAGCUUGUCCAUGACAGAUCUUUCAAAAUCUUGUGAGAACCUCUCAGCUGUCAUGCUUUAUAAUCCUGGUCUUUUCCCUGUAAAAGGACCAAUCUGUUUAAGACUAGAAUUUGAGAGACAGCAACGAGAAGAGCUAGAAAAAUUAGAAUGUAAAAGGAAACAGAUAGAAGAAAUGGAAGAAAAACAAAGAUCUAACAAGGCAGAGCUGGAAAGGAUGCAACAAGAAGUAGAGACACAGCGCAAAGAAACGGAGAUAGUGCAGCGGCAGAUCCAAAAACAAGAAGAGAGCUUGAAACGACGAAGUGUUCAUAUUGAGAGCCGAUUAAAGGACUUGUUGGCUGAAAAAGAAAAAUUUGAAGAAGAAAGACUACGGGAACAACAGGAGAUAGAACUUCAGAAAAAGAAACAACAGGAAGAAAUAUUUUCUAAAGUUAAGGAAGAGCUGCAGCGACUGCAGGAACUUAAUCACAAUGAAAAAGCUGAGAAAAUGCAGAUUUUCAGAGAAUUGGAAAGACUUAAGAAGGAAAAGGAUGAACAAUAUAUAAAGCUGGAAUUGGAAAAAAAGAGGCUUGAAGAGCAAGAAAGGGAGCAAGUGAUGCUGGUAGCUCACUUAGAAGAACAACUUAGAGAAAAACAGGUCAUGAUACAACUGCUGAAGAGAGGAGAUGUGCAGAGGGUUGAAGAAGAGAAAAAGGACCUUGAAGAUAUUAGAGAAUCUCUCUUAAGAGUCAAGGAAGCCAGAUCUGAAGGUGAGGAAGACUGUGAAGAGUUAGAAAAAGCACAGCAUAAGUUCAUGGACUUUAAAAGAAAGCAGCUAGAGCAGUUAACUUUUUUUGAGAGAGAUUUAGUUCAACAAAGAGAUCACCUGGAAAAUGAAGUAGCAGAUGAACAUGAAGCUCUGGACCAUUUAAAAUGUAAACACGAAGAACAGUUAAAUCUCUUCAUGAAAGAUGAAGAAAAUGGCUUGGAUGCUGCCCUGCUGGCUGAAGAAUUUGACAAGAUAAGACCAGCAGAAUACACACUACAGUACAAAGAACGUCAACUUCAGUACCUGACCAAUAAUCAUUUGCCAGCUUUGCUGGAAGAAAAGCAGAGAGCUUCUGAAGUCCUUGAUCGAGGUUUACUAGGAUUAGAUAAUACUCUUUAUCAAAUUGAGAAAGAAAUAGAAGAAAAAGAAGAACAGCUUUCUCAGUUUAGAGCCAGCACAAACCAGCUCCAGCAGCUUCAAGAAACAUUUGAAUUCACUGCCAACAUAGCUCGUCAGGAAGAAAAAGUUCGGAAAAAAGAAAAAGAAAUUCUUGAAUCAAGGGAAAAACAGCAGAGAGAGGCACUAGAACAAGCUGUGGCCAAAUUGGAAAGAAGGCACUCAGCUUUGCAGCGUCGUUCCACAAUAGACCACGAAAUUGAAGAGCAGAAACAAAAACUUGCAACUUUGAACAACAGCUGUAGUGAACAGGCAGGUCUUCAAGCUAGUCUAGAAGCUGAACAUAAAGCCUUGGAACAAGAUAGAGAACGGCUGGAUCAGGAAAUUCGGCAGCUGAAACAGAAAAUUUAUGAAGGUGAUGGUAUUCAAAAACCUUAUUAUGGAACAACAGAAGAAAGAAUCUCUCUCACCAGUUCCCCUACCAGCCCUUCAAAGUCUCAGUCCCAUUUAAUUCCACCAGUUGAUGACAGAUUGAGUGCAUUUAUUGAAGAAGAAGUUCAGAGGCGUCUGCAGAAUAUUCACCAUGAAGAUAACCGUAUGAGCCUAUCCCAAUCUACAGAAGUUCUAAAAGAUAAUGAGAAACUUCAUAACGGUACUGUUCAACGCAAGCUGAAGUAUGAGCGGAUGGUCUGUCGCUCUCUGGGAGCAAAUCCAGAGGACCUGAAGGACCCAAUUAAAAUUAGUAUUCCACGCUAUGUCCUUUGUGGGCAGGGAAAGGAUGAGCACUAUGAGUUUGAGAUAAAGAUAACAGUCUUGGAUGAAACGUGGACAGUAUUCAGGCGGUACAGCCGUUUCCGAGAAAUGCAUAAAACGUUGAAAUUAAAGUACCCAGAGAAAGCUCUCCAUGCACACUCAGAAAUGAAGGAAGGACUCAAGAUGCACUUAACCGGCUUUAGAACAUGCCUGGAAAACGUUCAGUUAGUUUAUAACAUGCACAUUGCUUUUUUUUUUUCCUGACUGAGGUGAUACUGUCUUUUUGCAGAAUGCCUUGCCUUGUCUGUUACACAGAGCUCUUGAAAUGCCUUACUUAGCAAGGGGUGUACCACCAGCAAAAAACUUAGCAACCUAACACUAGAAAGACACACCAAAAGAUAAUAGUUGUAACUAAAAUCUUUAAUUUUGAAUAACCCAUAUAACCCAUAUACUUGUGCAAAAUUUUUCUAGCUGGUUUUGGACAAUAAUUUUUUGAUAUGUUAUCCAGUUUGUAAUAGAAUAACAAAUAUCUUUAUGAUUAUAACUCUCAGGUCCCUAUUCCAUUAAAAUAAUAUUUAAAAAUCUUGUAAAUAUUGAUUUAUUCAUGAUGAGAAACUUUCUUUCUAGGACCUUUCAGAUUUGGGUUGUAGAAAAUAGCAUUGUGCUUCUUUUUUUAAAUAAAACCAAGUUAACUUAUAAGCUGAGGGGAAAAAAAAGCUGAGAGCACAAUUUAUAGUUUCUAAAUUGGUAAAUCUUUCAUUUUGUAUCAGCAGUAAGGUCUUACUUGCAGAGUUCUCAGAACAUUGUCUGGCCCGUGGUAAAGUAAGUACAAAAGCAAUAAAGGGAGCUCUUUUACCAUGUGUUGCUACAGUGCAGAACAUACAAAAGGCACAACUUUGCCUGCCAGAAAUUUUUACCUUGCCAUACAGCCCAAAGCAAAACUGAAAGUUAUGAAUCAUUGCAAGACAAAAUCAACAAAAGUACAUUUUCCAAGGCUUAAUAUGAAAAUAAAGUUAAAGAAAUAGUUUAGUGCUAGUGAAAAAUAUUGAGCUUUAGAUAUGGAAUUCAAAAAAAUCAUAGACGAAGAACCAAAAACUAAAAAAUGAGCAGACCUAUCCAGUUUGCAAUAGGGUAUAUAGAUUCAUAGAUACUAGGGUUGGAAGGGACCUCAUCGGAUCAUCGAGUCCAACCCCCUGCCCGGGGCAGGAAAGAGUGUUGGGGUCAGAUGACCCCAGCCAGAUGCCUAUCCAGCCUUCUCUUAAAGACCCCCAAGGUAGGGGAGAGCACCACCUCCCUUGGGAGCCCAUUCCAAAUUCUGGCCACCUGUACCGUGAAGAAGUUCUUCCUGAUGUCCAGCCCAAAUCUGCUCUCUGUCAGUUUGUGACCAUUGUGCCUUGUUACCCCAGGAAGUGCCAUGGUGAACAGAGCAUCUCCAAUUCCUUGCUGCCCCCAUCUAAUGAAUUUAUAGGAGGCCAUGAGAUCACCUCAGCCUUCUCUUUUGGAGGCUAAAGAGAUCCAAGUCCCCUAGUCUCUCCUCAUAGGGCUUGGCCUGCAAACCCUUAACUAUAUGAGUGACCCUUCUCUGGGCCCCCUCUAGGUUAUCCUCAUCCUUCUUGAAGUACGGUUCCCAAAACUGGAUGGAGUACUCCAACUGCGAUCUGACCAAUGCCGCAUAGAGGGGAAUCAUCACCUCCUUGGAUCUAUUCAUCAAUGCAUCUGCUAAUGUGUGAUAAAGUGCAGUUAGCUUUGCUGAUGAUUUCAUCACACUAAUGAUUCAUGUUCAUCUUGGAGUCGACUAUGAUUCUGAGAUCCCUUUCCGCUUCUGUGCUGCUGAGAGGGUCAUUCCCCAGCUGGUAAGUGUGCUGGAUAUUUUUACGCCCUAGGUGCAUUACUCCGCAUUUGUCCUUGUUGAACUGCAUCCUAUUGUGUUCAGCCCACUCCUCCAACCUGUACAGGUCCACCUGCAGUUGUUCCCUACCCUCUGAUGUGUUCACUUCAUCCCAUAAUUUAGUAUCAUCCACAAACUUGGACAGAGUACACCUCACUCCCACAUCCAAGUCACUGCUGAAGACAUUGAAGAGUACAGGUCCAAGAACAGAGCCCUGCAGGACCCCACUGCUCACAUCCUUCCAGGUUGAUACCAACCUGUCCACCACCACUCUCUGGGUGCAACCCCCAAGCCAAUUUGCCACCCACUGGACUGUGUAAACAUCUAAGUCACAGCCCCUUAAUUUAUUUAUGAGAAUAGGAUGAGAAACCAUAUCAAAGACCUUCCUAAAAUCCAAGUAAACGAUAUCCACUUCUACUCUUGCGCCUAGACGUCUUGUGACCUGGUCAUAAAAAGAAACCAGAUCAGACAUGAUCUACCUGCUACAAACCUGUGCUGGUUGCCCUGCUGCAUUAUUUUUCCCACUGGACUCUCACAAAUAUGAUCCUUGAUAAUUUUUUCAAAGGCUUUUCCAGGGAUAGAGGUGAGACUAACUGACCUAUAAUUACUCAGAUCCUCCUUCCUCCCUUUCUUGAAAAUAGGGACCACAUUGGCCCUUUUCCAGUCCUCUGGGACCUGACCCAAGUGCCACGAGUGCUCAAACAGCCAUGUCAGUGGUUCUGCUGGUACUGGCCAAUUCCUUUAGCACGCUCGGGAUGCAGCUCAUCCCAGCCUGCUGACUUAAACAUAUCCAGUCCAUCCAAGUGACUCUACACCAAGUCAGCAUCAACAGUUGGUGGGCUGGUAUCCCUCUGAUACCCAUCUAAGAACCUAUUCGGAGACUUGUCUUGACCCCUGUUCAGGAGCACUGAGGCAAAUAUCUAAUUGAAAAGCUCAGCUUUGUCAUCACUGUCUGUCACUAAUUGCUCCUGCUUGCUCAGUAGGGGUUCUAUGCUGCCCUGCACCUUUCUUUCACUCCCUACAUACCUAAAAAAGGACUUUUUGUUGUCUUUAAUUUCUGUUGCCAGCCUCAGCUCUGUGGUUGUUUUAGCCCUUCUAACUGCCUCCCUGCAAGUGUGGGCCAAGCAGGUAUACUCCUCCUUGGUAGUUUCCCCUUGCUUCCACUGCCUAUAUGCCUCUUUUUUGCUUUUAGGCUUUCCUGGAUUUCUCUGUUUAGCUAAGAAGGUUGUUUGGCCCCUUUACCCCCUUUCCCUUGCAAUGGGAUAGUCUCCCUCUGCGCCCGAAGGAUCGCUUCCUUUAGGAAUGACCACCCUUCGUGGACUCCCAUCUCGCUAAUAUUCCUAUCAUGCAGUUCACCACUGGCUAAACUCCUGAGCACCCUGAAGUUAGCCUUCCUAAAGUCAAGCACUUCCACCCUACUAGUUAUCUUACCCACCCUAUGCCGUAUGGUGAAUUCUAAUCAUGGAUGGUCAUUGUCCCCAAGGUGACCACAAAUCUGCAGCUCCCCCUAUGAGGUCAUUCAUUCCCUGUAGCCAACACCAAGUCCAGUUAGGCAUUCUUCCUUACUGGAAUAUAUUAAAUCAUAGCCAGAAAUUCUUCUGCAGUGAGCAGGUAUCUGGAAAACUUUGAAAAAUAAAUACCGUUUUUUGGUGAAAAUGAUCAGAAUGCCAUUUGAAAUGCUUUUGGAUCUGUUUUACAUAUGAUGAUGAUUAGAUCUGAUGCUAUUCAUCACUCUUCUCCAGACUUGCUAUAUGCCUUGGUCUGCACCCAUUGAAGUGAAUUGAAAUGUCUAUCCCGUCUCGGAGGAAAGGCAGCAAAAGGGCACAGCAGUCCCCUUGGCACUGCAGGGAACUUGUGGACCUCCUGUGUCUAAAAAGAAAGACCUAUAAAGGAUGGAAGGCUGGAUCCACCCCAAAGGAGGAGUACUCUGCACUGGUCUGGACCUGUAGGGAGUGAACCAGGAAAGCCAAGGCUGCGACUGAACUCCAACCGGGUAUACGUAUCAAAGACAAUAAAAAAUCCUUUUUUAGAUAUGUGGGGAGCCGGAGGAAAAGCAAGGGUAACAUUGUACCCCUGCUAAACCAUAUGGGACAACUGACAACAGAUGCCCAGGAAAAAGCCAACCUACUUAAUGGGUAUUUUGCGUUGGUUUUUCCCCAGCCCCAAGGGACAGCCAGGGUGAGGAAGAAUUGUUAGCCUUCAUCAAUGUAGACCAUGUGAAGGAACACCUUGAGAGGCUGGACACCUUCAAAUCAGCUGGCCCAGACAGUUUACACCCCAGGGUACUUAAGGAGCUGGCAGGCAUCAUAGCUCAGCCACUGAUACGGACCUUCAAGAACUUGUGGCGCUCAGAUGAAGUGCCAGAAGAUUGGAAAAAGGCCAGUGUGGUGCCUAUCUUCAAGAAAGGGAGGAAAGUUGAUCUGGGGAACUACAGGCCUAUCUGCCUGACCUCUGUCUUGGGGAAGAUUUUGGAAACAAUUAUAAAAGAGACCAUUCUUGACAAACUGGCUGAUGGCAACGUCCUGAGGGAUAGCCAGCAUGGUUUUGUUGCAGGUAGGUCUUGCCUGACCAAUCUCAACUCCUAUGACCAAGUGACGUAUCACCUAAACGAGGGAGAAGAGAUUGGUGUCAUAUAUCUUGAUUUUAAAAAAGCCUUUGACCUUGUGUCCCAUGAUCAUCUCAUAGAAAGAUUGGCCAACUGUGGCCUCAGCUACAUCGCAGUCCAAUGGCUGGGGAAUUGCAUCUGAGGUCGGACCCAGAGAGUGAUAAUAGAGAGAAGUAAAUCAUCAUGGUGCACCGUGACCAGUGGUGUCCCCCAAGUCUCCGUCCUUGGGCCUAUACUCUUCAACAUCUUUAGUAAUGAUGUGAACUUUGGUAUCAGAAGCGGACUGCCCAAGUUUGCCGAUGACACCAAACUUUGGGGUAAAACGUCCAGACCUGAGGAUAGGGUGGUGAUCCAGGCCAACUUUGACAGGCUCAGAAAAUGGGCGGACGAAAACCUGAUGGCAUUCAAGGCCGAAAAACGCAAGGCACUCCACCUUGAGGGGGAAAACACCCCUCAGCACGCUUAUAGGCUCAGCAGUGCUACGCUUCCUAGCACCACGACCGAAAAGGACUUGGGGGUCAUGAUUGACAUGAGCCCCCAAUGCGAUAUUGCAGCUGGUAAAGCAAGCAAAACUCUGGCUUGCAUCCAUUGAUGCUUCUCUAGCAAAUCCCAGGAUGUCAUCCUCCCACUGUACUCAGCCUUGGUGAGGCCAUAGCUGGAGUACUGCAUCCAGUUCUGGGCUCCACAUUUCAAAAAGGAUGUGGAGAAGCUUGAGAGAGUCCAGAGGAGAGCCACGCACAUGAUCAGAGGGCAGGAAAACAGGCCUUAUGAUGAGAGGCUGGAAAGGAUGGGACUCUUCAGCCUGGAAAAGCGCAGGCUCAGGGGGGACCUGGUGACUGCCUGUAAGUGUAUAAGGGGUGUACCUCAGGAUCUGAUGGAACGCCUGUUCACCAGAGCACCCCAAGGGAUAACAAAGUCAAAUGGUCACAAACUCCUCCAAGACUGUUUCAGGCUGGACAUAAGGAAAACCUUCUUUACUGUCCGAGCCCCCAAGGCCUGGAACAGACUGCCACCAUAGGUGGUGCAAGCACCUACUCUGAACUCCUUUAAGAGACAUUUGGAUGUAUACCUUGCUGGGAUCCUUUGACCCCAGCUGACUUCCUGCCCCUGGGGCAGGGGGCUGGACUCUGAUCUUCUGAGGUCCCUUCCAGCCCUAAUGUCUAUGAAAUCUAUGAAAGAGCUUUCGUAUUCACUUCACUGGGCACUGAAUAAGGACCUCAGCUUCUCUGCAUUUGAGUUUCACAUCUCUAAAUAGGGAGGAAACUGAGCAAUAAAAAAUGAAUCUGGUGUCGCUUUAUAGAUCAGUUUCAUCUGAGCUGGAAACUAUUAUGCUCUAAUUAUUAUGUUUGUUGCCUGGCAGUGUCAACAGGAGGGAGUUUAUUUGGGUGCCUCAGCUAUAUAUUUUCAAGACAAAAUGUUUUGAUUUCUUUUAUGUUUAAUUUUAACAUUGUAUAUCCAAGGUUUGUAAUGCUUGAUUCCAAUAGUCCUAUAAUAUUUUGACUCUUUAGUUGCAUAUUUGUCUCAGCUUUAACUCCAAUUUUAAUGUAGAUUUAUUUUUUUAAUCUGGGAAUUAAUUUACAUGUCUUUAAGACUUAAGUCAGAGUAUUGAUGAACACAAACCCGUUUCAGUAUUACAGAUGUAUUGUUUGUACGUGUAGAUUAACAUAAUCUCAAUUCUAAUUGUGUUGUGCAAUUGAAGUAGAAGGUUUCUAGGUACCCGUAUCUCAUUGUGAUGUGGAAACUUGUAUGUCUUGAGGAUGAAGUAGCUUGGGAAGGAUUUUUUAAAGAGAUUUCAGCUUUGUAUUUCCUUCAUUUGUCUCUGGAUUAGUAAAACAGUUUGUCAUUCUCAUGUCACCUCAGCUGUAUAAUAUUUGUUUUAAAAGAAAAUAUGUGUUUGUAACGAGUUAAUUGUCAUGAAGCUUGUUUAAUUAUGGACUAAUGGCCCAAUCUUGCAAACACCAAACAUUCAAAUAAGGCCUUCUGAAUCAUGAGAUUUGAAUUAAAAAGUCAUUUUAAAUAAAGGUUUUACAUAAGGGCACAUCUAGAAUGCAUGUAUGCCAUACAUCCAUGUUUUUCUCUGCAGUGAGGCAGCCUAGAAACCUGCUUUCAUACAUAUUAAAAAUAGUUUCUUGAUUA